CUGCAUGUGACCCACCUCAAUACCCGAAAAAGACGAGAAAGGCAUGGCUGCUGAUGACCCACAAAGAAACUUCAGAUCGGCAUAUUAUGAGAAAAUGGGAUUUCGUGGUGUUGAAGAGAAAAAAUCACUGGAAAUUCUCCUCAAGGACGAUCCUCUUGAUGUUGAGAAACUUGGCACUUUUAGUCAGCGAUUUCCCCUUCCUUCGGUACAUCGGAUUCUGGUCUGGAAAGUACUUCUUGGAAUACUACCUCCUCAUCAUAGCUCUCAUGCACUUGUAACUGGUUAUCGAAAAGAUCAGUAUAAAGAUUUGCUCCAUGCUGUCCAGCUCAUACAUUUUGUUCAAGAUACCACUCCACAGAUAGAGGUGUACCUCCGAAUGUACCAGUUGGAGUCUGGAAGGCUGCCAGGAAAAACAUCAAAUCCUCUUGAACAUGAAGAUGAGGUGUUUCUUGCAAUUGCUAAAUCUGUGGAAGAAAUGGUGGAAUGUGAUGUGGAUUGUUACUGGCUGAUCAAGUGCUUUGUUAAUCAAUUCAGCAACAAGUAUGGUGAUUCAGUACCUCAUUUGCCCAAGUCUCUUGAGCAUUACCUGAAUGUGGAGGACAGCACACUUCAUGCUCACCUCAAGGCCCUUGGUGCAUUGGAUAAACUUCCAUACGAAUUAUGGUUUCAGAAGUGUUUUGCAGGAUGCUUGCCUGACUCCAGCUUGCAGAGGGUCUGGGACAAGAUUGUAAGUGGCUCAUGCAAGAUUCUUGUUUUUGUCGCCAUGGAAAUACUAUUAAUUUUCAAAAUGAAGUUAAUGGCAAUGCAUAAGUCAGAGGACAUAACACACUUUCUGGAAAAUAUACCUAAAGACAACACUGAUGCAAUAGUCAGCAAAGCAAUCGAUUUGUGGCAUAAACAUUGUGGUACACCAAUGCCGUCUAUAUAGGAACCCAGAUUUCUUCCUUUAUAAAAGGACCAUCAUGAUUUUUCCAAGGAAAAUUAUAACCUAAUCAGCAAUGACCUCAGAAUUCUGAGGAUGCAAAACAAGAAAUGUUAUUUUCCUUUUCAUUAUUGUGCAUACCCAGAUGCAAGAUGAUGCCUUGUUUGAGGAACUUCUAAUGAAGAAGCAACAUGAGUCAUUGUACUGGUGGAGUAGACAGACAGAGAUGAAGAUUAUUUAUCAAAAGUGAAGGGCAGUAGGCAGCAUAGUACAAAAGUAAUGUUUGUUAUUUGUUAUGAAAUGAGUACUUCAAAUUGUACAAAGGAUGUCAAGUUUUGUAAAAUAAAUAUGAUCCUGUCAGAUUGU